GGAAGUUUCCGUAUGUUGAUGGAGGGUCGUACGAAUGUAGUUGAAGAGCUAAUCAAUGCCACGUGUGUCUGUUUUCUUCUAACAUAUUUCAGUGUUUUGUUUUUAUUUCUUUUAGCUAGACAAGACGACACCGACGGCAGAUAGUAAACACAUUGCUGUUGACAGGUUCCUGCAAGCUAGUAAAAGAGACGGAGUUUUUCCUGCUGUUUUCCUGUCAGCCCGCCAACUAAAACUUAAGAAGAUAUUUGGGAUUUAAAAUGGGGGAAUCAGAAGAUGAAGAUGUUAAAUCUGUAUGGACCAACUCAAACCUAUUGAAGCUUCUUACUUCCCUGGACGAAACAAUCCCAGAGAAGUUAGACACGACCAAUUAUCUGAACGGGAUGAAAUCUGUAGACUGGAAUAAAGUGGCUUUCCACCCCUUUUCUCCAGAGGAAUGCAGGCAAAAGUGGACAAACAUAAUGCAUAAGAUGCGCAAGUUGCGGAGUCUACCAGACCUGAUAGCUGAAGCAAAAAACGUCAUUUCAGAUCCUCUUCACUACAGAACUAUCCAUCCUGAGGUUCCAAAAAGACCGCUGGGACCCAGAAAUUUCUAUUUUAAGGAACACCAUCAGAAAUUUAAGGAGAAGCAUCCAAACAUGAAGUCUCAAAAGAUUUUUAAGUUAUUAUACAAUAAGUUUGAUAAGCUCCCACAGGAAAAGAAGGCUGUGUAUGAGAAGAAGCACACUGGUGAAGUUUUAGAGUAUCAGAAAAAGAUGCAAAAAUUUAGGAAACAAAACAAGAURCGUGGUCAUGCAGUGAAACUGGCCGCUCCAUAUAAGAGAUAUGAAAAGGAGCUUCAAGAUAUGCCCGUCAAGCCCCCUCACAACAGUUACUCUGUAUUCUGCAUGGAAUACUGCAAAGCUGCUAAGGGGAAAUCAAAAGUUGAUGCACUGGAYUUGUCCCGUGGCUGGAAAAACUUGAGUGUAACAGAAAAGGCCACAUAUAAGAAGCGCUGGAUGGAGCUUCAGAGGCAGUAUGCCUUGGACUUACGUACAUAUCUAGAUGGCUUCAGUGAAGAAGAGCAAAGUCGGCUCAUCAAAGAGAGAGGCAUCAGGAUGCCAAAGGUUUCAAAACCAACAGCUAAAAUGAGAGAACCUCGUGAACCCAAGAUGCCAUCUCAAGUUCCAUACUCACAGUUUUUGGGGGAACAGUUAAAACUUUUAGACAAAACCCCAAGUUUAAGAGAGUGUCACAUGGAGACCCAGGAACGUUGGAAAGAUGUUCCAAUAAAGGAAAAGGAGAAUUACAAAAACAAAGUACAUGAAGCAACAAAGAGAUAUGCCGCAGAGCUGCAAAAGUGGUUCAUG